GUGUAUGGAGGCUUGGUUGCGUUGCUAGUGUAGAAUAUGUCACACAAACGCACAUUUUUUCUAUGUCUGCUAAGUUGAAAUCCUGCUCCUCCGCAAAACCAAAUUUGAGCCAAUGCACUCCAACAUAUCAUGUCGACAGUACCUACUAUAUGCGUUAAAUAUCGUCCUCUGUCCAUGGUGUACGUGAAUAUAUCACGAGGAGUUAUCCUGCGGGAUAUCAAGCCUGAAAAUUUCGCGAUGGGCAUCGGGGAGAAGUCUGACAUCGUGCAUUUAUUCGACCUCGGUUUGGCGAAGAUCCAUCCACAGGAGUACGCGUCAUUUUGGACGGGGUUGGUGCGGCGCAAUCUAAUUCCUGCUCGAGGCUGACGAGGAGCAGAAGGACGGCGAGACGAUCUUGAAGCACUGCGAAUCGUCCAAGCAUCGAGGCCAAGCUACUGUGGAACUCACGACGUACUUCGAUCACUGCCGCGGUUUGAAGUUCGAAGACAAGCCGAAUUACGCAAUGCUGAGACAGUUGUUCGGUCAGAUAAUGGAUAGGGAAGGGUACACCAGGGAUACCAGGUUCGACUGGGUGGAUGGAAGUUCCCAAAACGGUAUACACUGGUGCCUGA